AUGCUUUUAGAAUAUACCCUCCUUAUGAAGUCGAAUAACUCUGUGCCCGAGCUGGUGUACACGUUCAUCGAGCAGGCGCUGCGGGCGGGCGGGAGCGCGGCGCUGCGCUGCGUAGCCGCCGCCUCGCCGCCGCCGCGCGUCACCUGGUUGCUGGAUGGACAGCCCAUAGAGCAGUUCCUGCCACACCACAGAUACCGUGUGAGUGAGGAAACAACCCCACUUGGCGACGUGGCAUCGCUGCUGAACGUAUCGGUGACGGCGGUGGACGGCGGCCGUUACACGUGCCGCGCACACAACGCGCUCGGAGCAGUCGAACACUCCGCCAGACUUAACGUAUACGGUCCGCCGGCGGUGCGUGCGCUGGGCCCGGUGCGCGUGGUGGCGGGCGAGAACGUCACCAUCCACUGCCCCUACUCCGGAUAUCCGAUCAGGUCCAUAGAGGUGCAUUCCAUAGGAUGA